AUGGGCACUAUAAUACAAAAAUUGGAUGCUGCAAAACCGAGGGUUUUGUUCUUCUUUCAGUGUAAUAAAUAUGUCCAUCACAUCAUUGGUAUUAAUAGGGAUAAUGAACAUAAACAUUUUGAAAUAAUAAAUAAUAAAAUAUGGUGCAUGUUCAAUCAAGUAAGGGGUAAAAAGAAUAGAAAAAAAAGAGAAAGAAUAAAUUUAACCGAAGAACAAAAAAGUACAAAGUUGAAGGUGCCCCCUAUACGGCUAGAAGAUAGAACAACAGUGUGUGAACCACCAUCAGUUAUUAGUAAAAAUAUUAAAAAAGAAAUUAUGAAACUAUGUGUAGGAAAAGAAAAAACAAGAAGACACUUCAGUUUUAGAAAUAAAUAUAGAAUAAAGAAAUUGUUAAGUAUUACACAUGAUAAAGAAAAUAUAAAACAUAAAAAGAACCCUAGUACAUUUAUAACACCCUUAACCAAAUUGCAACAUGAAUCAACCUUACCAAGAUCAUUAGACCAUGACAGAUUUAAUUUUCCGCAUACCUUUCAUUAUUCAGUCAUAUGGCAUGGAUCUUCUAUAGUUGACCAUGAUGAAAAUAAUAUAUGUUUUUUCAGUUCAAACAUAAACGAUUUAUCCUUAUCAUCAAGAGAAAAGAAAAAAAUUACUCAGGUAUUAGGGGAAGAACGAGUAGACAAGAAAAAACAAAUAAUAUAUUUAGAAAGCAAUUUUUUUAAUACCUAUAACCACAAUGCAGCGUACCUGGGGGACGCGAUACAGCUUUUAAUGAAAAGAAUUAAAAGUUUGUAG